GAGCAUCCGCAAAAUGAAAGAAAUAACUUUGUUCCCAAAGAAACGUUGUUACAAAAUCAGUCUUUUCUUGGUGGUCGAGCGAAGCAGGUCGUAAUAGUUCUACAAUGGCUGCGUCUCCUGGAAGUAUGUACCAAAAACAAGUUCUUAAAAAACGGCCAACGUCCUACCUACAGUCAUCUUUAGGAUCUUUGUCCAAAUCAGACCGAUAUAAAGAGAAAGAUAUCCCUUUAAAUUCAAAUCCGCCAGGCAGCCCGGAGAUACCGCGAUCAAACAUCAGCUUAAGGAAGUUCAGUCAAAUUAGUGCGCAUUCUGAUGCUUCAGAGGCUGAUGAAAACCACGCCGAUACUAACGGUAACUCAAUCAAACAAACAGGGACGCCAAAAAAUGCCAUUCGGGCAAAACAUCACCAGAAAGCAGGCAAAGGUAACAAAAUACAGAAACUGCAUCAUGCAGCUUUGUCUGGAAACGAGGCAGAAGUGCAAAAAUUGCUUGGAAAAGGAGUUGACAUAAAUGCUCCGGAUUCAGUUGGCAAAACCCCGUUGCAUAAUGCCAUUCUUGGGAAACAUUUCAACAUCGUAGACCUGCUGUUGAAAUCAGGGGCUGAUGUCAAGUGUCUUGAUGAGCGGGGAGACACGCCUCUCCACGCUGCUGUCAGAGUUGAUAGCGAGGCAAUUGUUGUGCUAUUGUUAAAAGACGGUAAAACCAACACUAAUGCGAAAGGAUUCGGGUCUUACACACCUCUUCACAUUGCUGCUCAAAUGGACUGCGUCGACAUUUGCAAGCGAUUGGUUGAGCACGAAGGCGACAUCGCUCAAGCAGCUGAAGACAAAAUGACUCCCUUCGGUUUCGCAAUAGCUAAGGGAGCACAGGCUGUGUCUGAAUAUUUUGCUGGAAUUGUCAAGGAGAAAGGCAUGAAUUUAGAGAGUCUCCUCUACAACGUUGAUAAUGAAGGUAGCACCUUACUCCAUCUUGCAGUGGACAGCGGGAUUCUCCCGAUUGUAGGGUUGUGUUUAAAGCUUGGAUCAAAUGUGCGCCAAACAAAGGAAUCAGAUAACAGCACUGCUUUACAUCUAGCAUGCUCACAAGGCUCUCUUGAGAUCGUUCAACUGCUGACCAAUGAGAUCCGCGACAUCUGCAAAGAAGAGAUCAUCGAUGAACAAGGCAUGUUUCCCAUUCACCGAGCAGCAAUGAACAAUCACUUCACAGUGGUAAACUUUUUAUUGGAUCAGGGCGCCGAAGCUGACCCCAGAGACAUUGAAGGGCAAACUCCUCUUUUCUUAGCCGCUUCAGUGGGUGGAACAGAGACUGUUCAGCUCCUUAUGGAUCGGGGAGCCGAUAUAACACUCAAAGAUAUGGAGCUACGCUCGGCUCUGCAUGUAGCUAUUGGGAACACAAGUACCAUGGAUGCCUUAAUGAAGAGUCCCUCAUCCAAGUCAUUAGUGGUUGACAAAGAUGCGACUGGAUAUACUCCGGUACAUUAUGCAGCACGAGCUGGAUGUCUUGAGCACAUCAUACUCUUCAUCAGCAAGAACAAAGCUGCUGAACAAGUCACAUCAGAUUCACUGGAUACGCCUCUCCAUAUCGUCUCCCGGUAUGGCUGGCUCGAGAUUGCUCAAAGGCUACUGAAAAAACGAAAUGUGAGAAUCAUAAAUGUACAGAAUGACCAAGGAAAAACACCCCUGCAUUUGGCGUGUCACGAGGGCCAUGAAAAAAUAGCUAAACUUCUCUUGAUGGAAGGUGCAACAAUUGAAAGGGAUCAUCAUGACCGAACACCACUUCACCUGGCAGCAGCAAAGGGCUCAGAGGAGUGCGUCGAGUACAUACUGGAAACGCACCCAGGAAGUUUAAACGCCAUUGACAAAUAUCAGAACACGGCUCUCAAUCUGGCAGCGACCGCUGGCCAUGCGUCACUAGUAAUUUACCUGCUCUCUGUUAAAGAACAAGAGAUCCUGUUAAACUCGCAAAAUCAAAACGUUCUUGACCUUGCCAUCUCGAACGACAAAGAAGCGGUUGCUAUGGCAAUCAUUGAACAUCCCAGAUGGAAGGAGGUAAUGGAUUCAGCUGUGGGAGGAGGAGUGUCUCAGAUUCAGACUUUGGUAGAGAAGAUGCCGGAGGUGGCAGAACGUGUUCUUGAUCAAUGUGUCGACCAAGAGGGUGACCCGAGCAGUAAAGAUUUCAAAGUAACAUAUGAUCUGCGGCUGAUUCAAGGAAAGCAAAACAGUUUUACAAGUUCGUUAGAGCAUUCAUUAGAUGCCCUAAAGACUAUGGCAGAAAGACGGCGAGAGAAUUGCUUGACUCAUCCAGUAUGCUAUGUGCUUAUGAACAUCAAAUGGAAGAAAUUUGGUUGGAUCACAUUCAUCGUAAAUCUGUCUUUGUACCUGGCCUUUCUUUUGCCAUUUACUGCACUCGCAGUUUAUCUCAAGGCCAACAGCCUUGAAUUGUGUGGCUAUAAAUUUGAAAAUAUGACAAAACAUCGCACAGGCUACUACGAACAUACUUGGGACUGGCACGAUGACGACAGCAUCACAUGCAAUGGUUCUCAAAAGACUGUUGUGGUUCUCCAUUAUGUUGUGAUCGUGUUCGCCCUCAUUCAUCUCACAAAGGAAAUUGUGCAAAUCAUGAGACAGCGCCUUAAGUAUUGGACUGCCAUCACAAACUACAUCGAGUGGGUGAUUUACGUGUCUGCACUUGUUUUCGUGUUUCCGAUCUGCGCCUGCAAAGCACAUUAUAAAUCUGAGGCAGCAGCAUUCUCCUUGUUUUUUGCUUGGCUCAAUCUUGUUCUUUACUUCAGAAGGUUGUCGUAUUAUGGAAAGUAUGUAAUCAUGCUGCUCACGAUGUUUAAAACACUUUUCCAGGUCUUGCUUCUUUUCUUUCUGUUUGUGGUAGCUUUUGGGACAACGUUUUACCUGCUCAUGUAUAACAAGUCUAACUUUGACACAUUGGAAUACGCUUUGAUGAAAACCUUUGCGAUGACUUUGGGAGAGUUGAACUACGAAUCAGACUUCAUACCCGACAUAAAACUGCAUUAUCCUCUGGCUUCUAAUGUCAUGUUCGUGUUUUUCUCCCUGGCGAUGCCCAUCAUACUCAUGAACAUGCUGAUCGGUUUAGCUGUUGGGGAUAUUGACAAGAUUCAACAAAAGUCUGUUAUGGAUCGUUAUGUGAUGCAGGUUGAAUUGCUUCUGGAGCUCGAGGAAUCUCUCCCACAAUGGAUUUUAAAACGCAUGCAGAUCGAUAAAUAUGAAGAGUUUCCAAACAGAAAAUCCAAGCUACAAACCAGACUUUACGAGAAGAUCAUUGGAUUUGGAAAAGCAGAAAGUAAAGGAGAGGACGACGGCGUUCCUCCAGCCAUGGCGCAGAUUAUUGACAGGGUGAUGGAGCAAGACGCAAAGAUAGACGAAAUAUACGCCAUGAUGAAGGAACAAUCCGAGAUCCUCAAAGCCAUCGGUCGCCGUCAAGGAGUGGAAGAUACUGCAUCAAACAGAAAGAGUAUUAUUGGAUGGUUCUUGAAGAAACAUUAGAUUUGGUGAAAAACAUGACAGCUAUCUCCGUGCUCUUUUUUCUAGACUGAUAAGGCUUUUAAACUUUUAACUUAAAAGUUAACGGUUGAACAUUAAAAACAUAACUUCAAAAAAAAUUGCAGAUAAUAUUUGAUGGAAGACACGAAGAAUCUUUAAUUUACUUUCUCUCGUCUAGUGCUGUAAAUUGAUGUAAUGCAGUUGAAUAUGUUCAUUGCAGGUUUAAACAAAGAUAAAAGAACUAAGUAAUGUUUUCGUCUUUCUCAAAAUUGUUUUAAAUGGUAAUGGUGAAAAAUGUAAACAUUGGCAUCAACGUAGGAGCUCACUCAUACUUGAAUGUUUGAAAAGGUAGUCAGCUUUAACUAUAAAAGUACACUGUUUUAUCAACAUUUUUCCUUAACUUACGCUGAAAUAAUUUUGAAAAGUAAUGAGAAGUUCAAGCUGAUUUGUUACUAAGUGUAGAAGUUUGUAACAUUACAUUGCUGCUGGAAUCGUUAAAUAUAUCACUGUCAUAAAGACAAACGUUUAUUCUGCGUAUCUGUAUCACGUUAUCAAACACGAUGAUGUUAGAGAAAAGGGGCGUUUAUUACAUUUUCAAUAAUAAAUGGCGUACACAUA